UUCGCGCGCUAUUGAAGCGUGAUAGGUUGUUGCUUUGUGUAUUGUUUAUGUCAUUGUUUUGAUUCUCCCUCUAGAAAAUAAUUAUGAUAAACCUUCUUGAAGAGCCAUGGUACCGACUAUUGUGCAAGAGAAGAGAUUUGAAUCUGCAGUACACGUUAGGUGGCGGACAAUCUUUCAGGUGGAAGAAGAUUAAUGAAAAUGAAUGGUGGGGAAUCUUCUGCAGCAGAUUUUGGAUGUUAAAACAAACAGAUAACUUCAUACUAUACAAAGUUGCUAAACAAGUCACACCUUCUAAGAAGUGUUCUGUUUUGCUUAGUGAGCUGCAUGAAGAUUUGUCUCUAAAAAAAUUCCUUGCUCAUUUAAGUACAGACUCAGUGACUCUUAGUGAAGAAGAAAAGAAACUUCAAAUAUGUGAUGCAGCAGAUGAACUGAAUGGAAUGCUGCUCUGUAAAUACCUUAGACUGGACACUAAUUUAGAAGAGUGCUAUAACCGUUGGGGUCAACGUGAUCCUAUAUUUCAGAAAGCAGCUAGCAAAUGUUAUGGUGUAAGACUUCUGUGUCAGGAACCACUAGAGACAAUACUGACAUUCAUUUGUUCAUCAAACAAUCACAUUAAAAGAAUUACCUCCAUGAUAGAGAAAUUGUGUUCAUUAUAUGGGGAGGAAAUUGGGGUUAUUGAUGGUGUGAAGUAUUUUGAUUUUCCUGAUGUAGAGCAGCUUGUGGCACCUUCUGUCCAUGGUACACUGGCAAAAGCAGGAUUUGGUUAUAGAGCUGGCUUUAUUCACAAAUCAGCAUGUAUGAUCCAAGAGUUGGGUGGAUACGAGUGGAUAAAUAAGCUUAAGCUGCUGCCAUAUGAAGCUGCGAGGAAAGAACUUGUAAGACUGCCAGGUGUUGGCUUCAAGGUUGCAGAUUGCAUAUGCCUUAUGUCAUUGGGCCACUUAAAUGCAGUACCAGUGGAUACACACAUACAUCAGGUUGCAAAACAGCAUUAUAUGAAAAGUCUGCGAAAUGCAAAAACGCUCUCUAAUACUUUGUAUUUGGACAUUAUGAAAUUCUUUCAGGACAUUCAUGGCCCAGAUGCUGGAUGGGCACAGACGGUAUUGUUUUGUGCUGAUUUGAAGAAUAUUGGAAAUGAGCAAACUCCUGAAGAAAAUGGUACAGGAGAAACAAAAACAAAAAAGAAACGGACUAAAUAAAUUAAAGUGGAAAACUACUGAGUGCUGUCCCCAUGUCAAAUAACAGAAAGAAGCUGAUAAAAAAAACUGUAAAGAUGUAGCAGGUUACACCUUCUGAGUUUAACGAUAGUAGUGGGCGAAAGAAUGUUAGAAACUUUUACAGUCUGCUCUUGAAGGGAACAUAUUAGUAUUUUAAAGUGAAUGGCAGUUUGGUUAUGUAUAAAGAGCUUAUUUCAAUAGUGGUACAAGUCAAUUUUUGUUCAUUCUGAGAUACAGAGUCCUAAAGUUAAAAAAAUCUGCAGUUGAGAUACCAGAAAUAUUCAUGUAUUAUACUUGAAUAUUUCUGAUAUCUCAACUGCAGAUUUUUCAGCACUCAUUUAACUUUAGGACUCUGUAUCUCAGAAUGAACAAAAAUGGACUUGUACCACUAUUGAAAUAAGCCCUUCAUAUGUAACAGUCAUUUGGGAGAUCUAUCUAAUGUGCUAGAGAAAGAAGUAAAUCUGCUAUUGAGAGUAAGCCAGAUGAUCUUCAAUUGCUGGUUCCCCAAGGUAGCAUGCACUUUACUUUUGACAUUCUGUGACUUACUGUGAUGAGUCCCAGCAAUAUGUGACAUAACAUUUUAACUUAUUUACAUAAACUAAAAAAGUCAUUGUUCAGUUUUUAUAAUAUUUUUUCAUGUUUGAAAUUUCUCAGAGAAAUGGAAGGUGUUUGUUGUCAGCUACAACAGAUUUCAUACACAUAAAUCAUUUUGAAGCAUUAUGCUCACUAUGAUUAUGUAAUUGUUUUAUAGCAGCAUGUGUAGACUCUUUGUGUUCACUGUGUGUAUUACAAUUACUGUAAAUAAUGAGAGACUAUGAAGUAAAAGUAUUACUAGAGUAGUACUGUUUUAAAUUAUCUUAUUGUCAUGCUGUGAUAUGAGAGACAUUGUAAUUAUUGUUUUGUGCUGUUAGACGUAAUGGAACCUUCAAGUAAAUUUACAAAUUUGUAACCACUUAAUUAUCAACUUCACAGAAGAUCUGUCAUACAGUGUUAUGUUGUUUCUUUUAUAAAUACAUGAUACAUUUGGAGAAGUAUAAUUAGUUGGCUUUUUUUGCCAUGUUACAUAACUAUCAGUGUUCAGGCUCACCAAAUUUACUUCUCGACUCCUAACUGCUCCAAAGUAGCUUUUCAUCUGAAAAAAAGUGUUGUGAGAAUAAAUUGCAGACAUUUAGUUUUCAGUCUUUUUAAAUGGUUUAUCAUCCCUUUGCCAGCUUUUGAGGAGACACUCCAAGCUGAUCACCAGAUGGCGAAUAUUCAGAGAAAUGUACAGCUAAUUGAUAUUUUUAUUAAAUGACUGUGAACUUCCAUCUAGGUCUGCUUUGUGUUGUUACUUUCCUAUUUUCCAUAUGUGACAUCUUUUUAUCGUUCAUCUUAUAAUCUGCAGUCUUCUUGUGCAACAGUUUUAAUCCACCAGCUGUAUUUAUUUUAUACGGAUAAAUGUGAGAAAUGCAGUGCUUUGUGUGUACAUUAUACAACAUUCUAAGUGGAAUAGAGCAUGUGUUUUGAUGAAAGUAAGAUUUUUUGCCAGUUUUUUUCAAAUAUUUAUUUUCAUAAAUAGUAAUUAUCUUAUGUGAUGGGAACUUGUUUUUGCUAGAGUUUAAUGAACAUUAACAGUCAGUCAUAAAUUAUCUUUCAAAGAAAAUGAAAAUGGCAGUUGUAAUUUAUUCCAGUAAUAUACAUCACUGUUGAGGUAAAAAGCAUGAAAAGGAAAUAGUUAGCCAAUUUAUGUCAUAUGAAGUGAAUAGAUAUGUGAAAACUAACAUCAAAUUACACUAAUACUGGAAAGAAAGUGUGUUAAUAUUGGCAGUCUUAUGGCCUAGCUUUGUUUCUUGCUGUGGCACAUACAAAAAUGAGGCGACUUCAUUGCAAAAUUCCAGUUCGAUUUUUGGUGGAAAUGUGUAUACACCAUUGUCAGUUUACAUUAGUGGCAGGUCUCCAUGCGUACCUUGGUUACAACUGACAAAUUAAUUCAAAAUAGCACUGACAAA